GAAGUAAAACUUUUAGCGCAUGCGCAGUCCCCGGAGAAACAGAGGCGCGAUGGCUGCAGAGAGUCCUCCGCCGCUGCUGUUGUCUCUGGUGGAUGAAUUUGUCUCCGGUCUUCAGGACAGCAGGUCAAAGGAUGCCGCCAAAGGUGUCAAGGAAGGACAGUUUUCUGUCCUGCAGCUGGUGGAGGCACUGGGGCAGAGCCUUACCAGUACUCAGCCCCACACUCGAGCCCGAGGCGUCCAGCUGCUCUCUGAAGUUUUACAGGAGAGCUACGCAGAGCUGACAGAGAGAGAAGUGGAACUGCUCCUCGCCUUCUAUGAAAACCGCCUGAAGGACCAUUACGUCAUCACGCCGCCUGUUCUACGGGGGCUUCAAGCGCUUACCAAGUCCAGAAGGUUGCCUCCUGGUGCGGCGGUGUCGAUGCUGAAGGCUUUGUUUCAGGACGUUCAUGUACAGUCGCUGAUGCUUGCAGAGAGAGCGUGCGUCUACAACAUGCUCAUCAACCUCAUGGAGAGCAGGGAGGACGAACUGAAGGGUUUGGGCGCAGAUUUCGUGUUUGGUUUCGUCCAAUCGAUGGAUGGGGAGAGGGAUCCCCGCAACCUGCUGUUAGCCUUCCAGAUUGCCAGGAACAUCCUUCUGCGGGGAUACAACCUUGGUAAAUUCACGGAGGAGCUGUUCGAAGUGACGUCCUGCUACUUCCCCAUAGAUUUCUCCCCACCUCCCAAUGACCCCCACGGCAUCACCAAGGAGGAACUCAUCCAGGCACUGAGGGCCGUCCUCACCGGGACCCCCAAAUUCGCAGAGUUCCUGUUGCCCCUCAUCAUCGAGAAGCUGGACUCGGACGUUCAGAGCUCCAAGCUGGACGCGCUGCAGACUCUGGCUGCCUGUGUGAGACAGUAUGAAGACAAGGACCUGGUGGAUUUCCUGGAAGGACUGUGGAGCUCGCUGCGCAGAGAGGUGUUCCAGACAUCCAGCGAGAAGAUCGAGUCGGCGGCCCUCGCUGCUCUCACCGCGCUCACUUCCUGUCUGUCCCGCUCUGUCCUCAAGUCUGACUCUGAAGACUCGCUCAGCACCUUCCUGGACCUCGUGCUCAAAGACUGUAAGCACCACCUGUUCGAGCCUGACUUGAAGCUGGUUUGGCCCAGCGCCAAGCUGCUCCAGGCCGCCUGCAGCGCCUCCUACAGGGCAGGUCACCUUAUAACAGCCGCUGUCAUGCCUCCUCUGGUUGAGCAGUACAACAGCAGAACACAGUGUUCCCACAGACGGACCCUGUUGGAGGUGGAGCAGCGAUUCAUCCAGUCAGCAGCAGCUUCCUGUCAGUCUGUAGAUCAAGAUGAGAGUCUGUUUUCAGCGUACAAAGACUCUCUGUGCAGCAUGGUGUUUUCAGCUCUGUCUGAAAGUAAUUCCAGUCUACAGAUCACAGCUGCCUCUCUGCUCACCUCACUGGCCCAACAAACGGGUCUGCUGUCGGACUCUGACAUCGAUCUCGCCGUGGAUCACCUGACCAGACUGCUGCUGACGGAUGAGGACGAGUCCGUGAGCCUGGCUGUGGUGGAGUGUGCUGGAGCGUUAGCGGAGCGCCAUCCUGCUGCCUUCAUCAACAAACUGAUCCCCACGUUAAAGAAGGAGAUGUUUCCUGACCAAAGAGAGGCGUCUGAGCUGCGUUCCCAUGAUGCCGUGCGUCAGCGGUGUCUGUCCGCUCUGGCUGCGGUGUCUGUCCAGGCCAGCGUCGUCCAGGAGAGCGCGCCCGUCCUCCUGGACGUCCUCAGCUCGGCACACGCAGAUCCAACUUGUUUCUCCACGGAUGAGGUGGUGCACGCCUGCCUGAGCCUUCAAAAGAUAGCGGAGCGCCUUCGCGAUGAUGAGGAGACGAGCCGAUGCUUUCACGACGUGGUCAUCCCGCGCCUGCUGUCUCUGGCCCUCCAAGCUGCGCUGCAGAGCGAGGGGUCCUGUGGUCGGCGCAGCCCCCUGGUGGAGGAGGCGGUCCUGUCCGCCAUGGUUCCAGUUAUCAGCGCCGCCUGCUCCCGCCCUCAGACCACGUUUGCCGAACAGACGGCUUCCAGAGUCGUGUCGCUCUUCCUGGACGGCGACGUCUCAUUUCUACCCGACAACUCCCUGCCGUCACGCGUUUCGCUGCUCCAGCAGCAGCAGCAGGAGGACGAGAAUUCAUGGCGUCGGUCCCAGCUGGUGUGUCUCCUCAUGGCCUGUGUGUGUUCGUUCCCCCGCAGCGUGGAGGUUCCCCAGGAGGAGCGGCUGCUGUCGGCGCUGGAGGAGCUGAGCUGCAGCUGCAGCCAUCCGCUCUCCUACACGUCUGCGGCCAAGUGUUUUGCCGGGCUCCUCAACAAGAAGCCUGAAGGGACGGAUCUGGACGGCUGGAUUCAGAGAACGGUGAAGAGAGUGAGCGGCGAGUUGGACCGCCCCUCCUCCUCUUGUCGCCUGCAGGCCUUCAGUCUGCUGAUCUGGGUCGCCAAGGCGCUGCUGCUGCGAUACCAUCCGUCGUUCUCAGCGCUGACCGAUAAGCUCUUCUCUCUGCUCCACGACGCCGACCUCGGCCCCAUGGCCGCAGACGGCUUCUCGCUGCUGAUGAGCGACUCAACGGACGUCCUGAACCGUGGUUGCCAUGCCGACGUCAGGAUCAUGUACCGGCAGCGCUUCUUCAGCGAGAAUUCGGCCAAGCUGGUGCAGGGCUUCAACGCUGCGCCUAAAGAGAAGAAACCAAACUUCCUGAAAGCUCUGUCCAACAUCGUCAAUAAGCUGCCGAAGCAGGUCCAAGUCUCCGAGCUGCCGGCGCUCCUGUCUCUGCUGCUGGAGGCGCUGACGUGUCCCGACGAGGGCGUCCAGCUGUCCACCCUGUCCUGCCUGGAGCCGGUCCUGGUGACCCCCCCGCAGGUCCUGAUCCAGCAGCUGGAGGCGCUGGUCAGCAGGCUGCUGGCGCUGGUCGGCAGUCCGUCCAUGAAGAUCCGCAUUGCUUCCAUCCGAUGCGUCCUGGCGCUCUCCCAUCUCCCCUCACAUGAGGUGUUGCCGUUCCGAGCGCGCGUGCUGCGAGCGCUGGCUCCGCCUCUGGACGACAGGAAGAGGCUGGUGAGGAGGGAGGCGGUCCAGGCCAGAGGAGAGUGGUUCCUGUUGGGAAGCCCAGGAGGAAGGUGAUCUCUGACUGCGGCGUUCACAGCGAAUCCGAAGCUCUGGGAUCAGUGGGAAUCGUUCUGGAACGGGACAGAACCCCGCGGUCCGUCACAGAACCACGGCUCAUUACUGACGCACAGAACCGCUCAAACCGCCUGUGUCUGUUAGCCGUUAGCUCAUCCGUUACACAUCCAUUCAUCUGCUGGAGACAUUGAGUGGAAAAUGUUUUUUUUUUUAUUUAAUAAAAAGCAAUAAAACAAUCCAAAUUUACUGA